AUGGAAGAAAAAAGGAAACUGGAACCCGAUCAGCACACUUUUGAAGUUCUUCUUACCGGUAUAGCCCGAAAAGGUGAUGUCGAAGGAUGUAGAAAGAUGGUUUAUGAGAUGGCAAGGCGUGGAUUCUUAGUGAACAGUGCCUGCAACGAUGCUCUCGUCUAUUGUUUUGCGGUCAGAGGACAUCACGCAAAAGCUGAUUCAUUGGCCGAGCAGGCUUUGGGCAAAUAUGGCGCCGAUGCUGUUUCCAGUGCUCAAGGAGCGUGCGCAAAAGCUGCUGCAGCACGUGUAGAUCUGAAUCGUCUGAGAAAGGUUCUGCGGCGAGCAGUUAUGGGAGCGGAGCGUAAGCUCAUUUUGUCCUCUUCUGAUGUACUGGAGACCAUCUGGCUGUUGGCAGAAAAGAGCCGUGAUGGCGAUGGAGCGGAAUUCGUCAACCUAACUGAACAGAUGCUUAAUCACACCAAUCACGAGUCGGGAUUUUUUCGCCUUUUAAUUCGGGAAGUUGAACGCCAUAUUAGCCACCAACACUACUAUACUGCUGUUGCUCUUCUGGAAGACACAAAUAGAAUAGCGGACUGCCUGAAAAACCAACAAAAAUCUCUGUUCUUGGAUCAAAUGAUUGCUCAACUCAGUAGACAAGUAAUACGUAAUGAGGUGAACGUGGUCAAACUCAACGAUAUAGCCAAUCGUGUGGUUGCGAUUUUUCAGAACCAUCCCAAUGCGUGA